CGGUUUGAGUUCAAGCGAAAUCGGGGCCAGGAAUCCCACAAUAGCAGGCGGAGGAAGAUAGUUUCUUUUUCUUUUUUUUCCUGUCAGUGCUGUGGGCUGGUAGCUGCUUCAAUCAUAGGGAAGGCAGAGAGAGGGAAGGGAGGCUCUGCAGGGAGAGAUGUAAGAUGGCAGAGCUACAAAUGUUGUUGGAGGAAGAGAUUCCAGCCGGGAAGAGAGCGCUUGUGGAGAGUUACCAAAACCUGACGAGAGUAGCCGACUACUGCGAGAACAAUUAUGUCCAGGCCCAAGACAAAAGGAAAGCGCUGGAGGAGACCAAAGCCUACACCACCCAGUCCCUGGCCAGCGUGGCCUACCAGAUCAAUGCCUUAGCCAACAAUGUCCUGCAGCUGCUGGACAUCCAGGCCUCGCAGCUGCGCCGCAUGGAGUCCUCCAUCAACCACAUCUCUCAGACGGUGGACAUCCACAAGGAGAAGGUAGCCAGGCGGGAGAUCGGGAUCUUGACCACCAACAAAAACACAGCAAGGACUCAUAAGAUCAUCGCUCCAUCUAAUGUAGAGCGGCCCGUCAGGUACAUCAGGAAACCUAUAGACUACAACGUCCUUGACGAUGUUGGCCAUGGAGUGAAGUGGCUAAAAGCCAAGCAACAUGGAAACAAUCAGGCAGCCAGAGCUGGAACCCUAUCGAGGACCAAUCCGCCGACACAGAAGCCGCCCAGUCCGCCGAUGUCAGGGCGUGGCACGCUUGGACGCAGCACGCCCUACAAGACGCUGGAGCCAGUGAAGCCGCCGACGGUACCCAACGACUACAUGACCAGUCCCGCUCGACUGAACAGCCAACACGGCCAGCAGAACAGCCCCGGACGCACAGCGUCACUCAACCAGAGGCAACGCACGCACAGUGGAAGCAGCGGGGGCAGCAGCAGCAGGGAGAACAGCGGCAGCGGGAUCGGCAUUCCCAUCGCCGUGCCUACGCCCUCCAUCCCAAACUCUGGACCAGUCUCGCCCAUAUCGGCUCCUCCGGGAGCCCCUCCACCCCCACCUCCUCCUCCUCCACCACCUCCUGGUGUACCUCCACCUGCUCCUCCCUUGGUUGGGAUGGCGCCACCGGCACCACCUCCACCCCCUCCUCCUCCUGCCAUAGCAGUGGCCUCUGGGCCUGGUCUGGGCCCUGCUCCAAUGUCCCAGUUUGGAACCAUCUCGCGGCAGAUUUCGCGGCACAACCCCUCCAACUCCUCUGUCUCUAUGGUUUCGGCCACGGGCACCUACCGCCGGGCGCCAUCGGUCACAUCACAGUUCUCCUUGCAGCAGCAGCAGCUUCAGCUACAGCAGCAGCAGCAACUGCAGCAGCAACAGCCUCACAUUAACGGAGGCACUCCUGGCUAUGUCCAAAACUCAAUGUCUGUUGCACCUCCUCCUCCCCCCAUGCCCCAGCUGACUCCACAGAUACCUCUCACUGGCUUUGUGGCCAGGAUGCAAGAGAGCAUAGCAGACACUCCCACUCCACCGCCGCCUCCGCCCCCGGAUGACCUGCCCAUGUUUGACGACUCCCCUCCGCCGCCGCCACCUCCGGUGGAUUACGAGGAGGAGGACGCCGCCGUCGUCCAGUACGACGACCCGUACGCGGAUGGAGACCCGCAGUGGGCCCCCAAGAGCUACAAGGAGAAAGUGGUGGCCAUCUACGACUACACCAAGGACAAAGACGACGAGCUGACGUUCAUGGAGGGCGCCAUCAUCUACGUGGUGAAGAAGAACGACGACGGCUGGUACGAGGGCGUCUGCAACGGCGUCACCGGCCUGUUCCCCGGCAACUACGUGGAGAGCAUCAUGCACUACGCCGAGUGAAGCAACCUGGCAGUAACCAGUCCUAUUUAUUCAGUCAUAUCCUAACUAGGUGACCAACUGACCGUAUGAUCCCUUUUUUUUUUUUUUUUUUUUUUUUUUUUUUUAAGAAUGGCAUAAUGUUUUCUCUCUUACUGAAUGCAAAUAAUAAUUGAUAUCUAUGUAGUCGGUGUGAUAGGGAUUGGUUUGUGGCAUUUAGACAUUUCUCCGGUUUAUUAAAGCAUUUAAAGAACAGCAGAGGACGUCGCCGUCAGUCCGAGUCGCGGUCCGUAGAACACCGCUCUCAUUAUGGAGAAAAAAACCACUGUAAAUUACAUUUUAAGGAUUAAGUCUUAGAAAGCAUGCAAAUGCAAAUCUGUAAUUUGAAAUUUUAUGCCACUUUUCUUCAAUUAUGUUGUAAAUUUCUUUUUUUUUUAUUUCACUGUCGAAAUCACUGAAGUUUUUACUCCAAUUUAAAAUCUUUUCCAUGGGCUUUCUCUCUCUUUUUUUUGUACCUAAUCCUAAAAUAAAGAAAUUGAGUUUUUGUUUUUUAUGAAUUUGAAUCUUUUCACUAAGCAUUAAGAUCUGAUUAUCCAGUUAAAGAUAAAACAACAAUCCAGCAGCUGAUCGGUGUAAAAUGUGUUUUGAUCUUAAAAUAACUUAGUAGUAAAACCACAUUCAAGAAAAGAUCAAAAUCAGAAUUUUUGUACAGUUUUAUGCAUUUUCUUUAGACUUUAUCAAUUUACUAAAGUCCUGAGUCAAUUCAGUGUAGGCUGGGGUGAGGGAAAGGAUUUCUGCAAUAUACUCGUUUAGAUUUCCAGUGAUAAACUAGGGUAGGAAAAACAUUAAAAGCUGCUCAAUUGUAGUUUUGCAUCAGAUGGGAAUCAUUUUCAGGGCCUUAAUUGGAAUAUACAGCAUUAAAACGGGGGCAAAGACUAGUGCUGUUACUACCUUCAUCUCCUUACGUUUCCUGCUGUGAUAGGGUGGAACAUUUGUGAGUUUUGAAACCUUGAUACUGUUAACCAACCUCUAUGACUAGUAGAUCAAUUCACCAAGUUUGCAUUUUGAUCAUUUUUUACACCCACUUUUAGUCUUUUUCCUUCAUUAACUUUUAAAUAAACAGAUGCACUGAUAAAUGACCCGACUUUCCCUUAAACUGAAGUUAUCCCAGGAAUAUUCUGUAUUACAAACUAAAAGGUUUGAACCCUGCAGUAUGUUUUCUAUUGUUAUAGUAAUAUGCCGUCUGUGACAGGAUGAAGAUCUGAAAGUAAAAUGAGUUUAAAACAAGAAUCCAAAUGAAAGCAGAGUAAAAUCUAAAGAACGGAUCAGUUCUGGUAAUAUGUGGGGGUGUAUGCUGAAUUAAUAAACUGGGGUCUCCUAUGCCUGCGGUUAAAGCAGGUAUAGGUGUUCAUGGAGAGAUGUUUAAUGGAGCGUCGGACUGAGUCAAAUUUAGCAGCUACACGCCUCCAUCUCAAAGGCUCACAGCCUGACACUGCCGUGAGACAAUUCAGACGUAAUCCAGGCCGAACAACUAAUACCUCCUCAGUUUCCUCGAAGCAUCAAUGUCUGCGCGGCCCCCCUGGCUGGGCCGGUCUUCAUAGAACCAGGCGUCACUCAGGAAUCAAACGGUUCAGGUUUCGCUGCAGCCUUUAUUCGAUCUUCCCUCUCAUCUCUCCAACUUCCUGACCCAAAGUACUGAAACUCACCUCUUUCUGCUUAUUUGUAGAUAUAUAUAUAUAAUAUGUUGACUCAGAAAUGAAUGUACAGUCUUUUAUAAUAAACAAUUCUCCAUACAGCA